AUGAAAACCGCCACAUCCAUUUUCAGCUUGGCUCUUGCAGCAGCAACAAAUGCGCAAUUCUACAACGAGACAUCAAGACCGUUCAACCUUGUCCUAACAUCCGACAACACAACGAUAAACGGCCAGACACUCUCAGCUUGCCACACCGGCGCUGCUCUUGAGUCACUAUGCGUCUCCGGCAUCGGUUCAGUCUCGAAACCUAACCCCAUCGCCCCCACAACAUUCAACUUCAAUACCUCUACUGACCCUUUCACCCCAAACGCCACUCUUGGUACUCCCGGCAUCCUGACCUGGACCUUACCGACCAGCAGUGUAGGCGUCCCAUCAAGCGUAUACUUUAACUACGACCCAACGACUGACAUCGCUUUACCUAUUCUUACCCCUGGAUCGGAAAGGCCACAGUCACUGGCUUUCGACGAACAGGGUAGAUUGAACGUGCAAGGAUACAUCGAUUGGACUGCAAGCCCGCCCAAUGCUACGGGUACAACGGUGGGGUACUACAGAUGGUACGCUUGUCAAACGUACUUCUCGGGAUACAGCUACGAAAACCUAGUUUGGGGUCUCGGAGCUGGGAAACCGGAGAAUCCGACUUGUGUGAGUGUGGGUGUAAAGAGAGUUUUUGUAUGA